AUGGCUGACUCCGAGCCAUUCCCUCUCUUCAACACCUCCGUCGACCAAUUGCAUUCCAUCGUCGACCACUCCCCAAGCCCUCGAAUAACACGACGACGCAAGUCAAGCGCACUUGGCCCAGAUAUCCGCGCUGGCGAUACAGGACCCGCGCUUGCAACCGCCAGAGACAGCUCUAUCACACCCACUGUACCUACAAAACGCCCUUCAAAGCGUCGGCGAGCUCGUGGCGGCUUCGCCCGUAUUCGACAAGCCAUGGCCAAGCACACGUAUCUCGUGCCCGCCCUCAUCAUCGCUCUCACCCUGGUCCUUUACAUCGUCAAACCAAACGAGUCGAAUCCCCUCCAUCGCUUUAUUUUCCUCUCCUACCGCUUACCAUUCGAUCCCGCCAACCCUGAUGCUCCUGUUCAGUAUGGCAAGGGCCUAUGGGACAUCGCCUUCGUAUCAUUUUGGACCGUAAUCUUGACUUUUACCCGGGAAUUUAUUAUGCAAGAAGUCCUACGGCCUCUCGCUCGCGCUGCCGGAAUUCGCUCUCGCGGCAAGCAGGCUCGGUUCAUGGAGCAGAUGUACACCGCCGUUUACUUCGGCUGCCUUGGCCCUGCUGGUCUGUUCGUCAUGAGCAAGACGCCCGUUUGGUACUACAGCACACGCGGCAUGUACCAAGACUUCCCGCAUUUGACACACGAGGCUGGCUUCAAGUUCUAUUAUCUUUUCCAGGCUGCCUAUUGGGCUCAACAGGCAAUUGUCUUGCUGUUGGGUAUGGAGAAGCCCCGCAAAGACUUCAAGGAGCUGGUCGGCCACCACAUCGUCAGUCUUGCUCUGAUUGCUCUUAGCUACCGCUUCCACUUCACCUAUAUGGGACUGGCAGUUUACUCCACUCACGACAUCAGUGACUUCUUUCUUGCUACGUCCAAGGUACUCAAUUACAUCGAUUCCCCAAUCGUCGGUCCUUACUUCUUCCUCUUCAUGUGUGUCUGGGUCUACCUGCGUCACUUCAUCAACUUGAAGAUUAUCCUAUCCCUUUUCACCGAGUACACCACGGUCGGGCCGUUCGAAUUGAACUGGGCCACCCAGCAGUACAAGUGUACGCUCUCGCAGUACAUCACUCUCGGGCUCCUUUCGUCGCUCCAGGCUCUGAAUCUCUUCUGGCUGUUCUACAUUUUCCGCAUCGCCUAUCGCUUCCUUCGCUACGACAUUGCGGAAGAUGACCGCAGUGAUGCCGAAGUCACCGAUGUUGAUGACGAGGCUGAGAAGAAGAAUGCUCUGCCCGAGAAGAGCAACGGCUACACCACCGGAGUCAAUGGUUAUGCGCUUCAUGCCAGACUUGCCAAUGGCCAUGGACGAUAG